UACACCCUGUCCUGGGCUUGAGCUCAGUUGUCACCGAAUCAGGAGAGUAGCACUCCGAGCUUGUGAAUGGCGAGGGAGCGUGGUGAAAUCUUGUAUGGGAUUUAUAGAGCCCUGACGUACGGCAUUUCGCCGCUGUUAUACCUUCAUCUGCGGUGGCGCAAGCGCCGCGGCCUCGAGCAUCCCACCCGGUGGCGCGAGCGUCUUGGCCGUCCUUCUCUCCCUCGCCCCCCCGGUCCUCUCGUCUGGUUCCAUGCCGUUUCUCUAGGCGAGUCUCUCAUUUUGAAACAUACCUCACUGGUGGAGUUGGAUUGAAUACCUGCCUCCUGGAACAGACACGAAUAUUUAAACGACGAGAGGAAAACUUAAUUCCUAAAUAAAUCUUAAAAAAUCAUUCAAAAUCUAAGUUGGGAUCACUCCAUUAUCAUCCGUAUCUCGGGGAGGGUCUGGCCGCAAUUUCAGUGAUCAAAUGCUGUAUUGAGAGGAGGCCGGAUGUAACUGUUCUAAUGACAAGUACUACAACAUCAGCAUUUGGAGUAAUAAAGAACCUGCUUCCAAGCAAUGUUAUAUAUCAGUUUUGUCCACUUGACAUUCCUCAAGUCAUUGAUGCCUUUCUCUGUUACUGGAGUCCAACUGCAGUCGUAUUGAUGGAAAGUGAGAUUUGGCCAAACAUUGUUAUGUGUGCUGCAAAACAUGGGUCAUCAAUGGUGCUUCUCAGAUGGCAUUGGCAUUGCUUAAUGCUAGGAUGUCUAGAAAGUCUUAUCAAAUGUGGUCUCUUCCAGCCAUACUUCCAUUGACAUCAUUAUUGCUGUCAAAAUUUUCACUUAUUGUCCCACUGAGCACCACACAAGGAAUCUAUUUUCAGCUGCUGCAGGCUUCACCUUUUAUCAUUAAAUUUUGUGGUGAUCUAAAGUAUGCUGUAGAGAACUUUGAAACAGUUGAAAGACACCAUAGUGUAUUGAAUGAUUUGAAGCUACAGCUUGCUGAGCGAAAGAUGUGGCUGGCUUCGUCCAUUCACAAAGGUGAAGAAGAAGUCAUGAUAGAAGUCCACAAAGAGCUUAAGCAAGUAUAUCCUGAUAUAUUGACUAUCAUUGUGCCUCGGCAUCCACAGCACGGGAAAGAAAUUUAUUUGGGGUUGCAGAAAGAACACUUGAGUGUAGCCUUAAGGUCCCGUAAUGAUAAAAUUAUGCCAGAAACAAACAUUUACUUGGUUGACACUUUAGGUGAACUCAGAAUGUUCUACACACUAACCCCAAUAGCUGUAGUUGGGGGUUCUUUUAUACCUGGUUUGACUGGUCAUAACAUUUCAGAAGCAGCAGCAGCAGGAUGCGCUACUCUGACAGGCCCUUACAUUGGGCACUUCUUAAACAUGGCAAAGGAGAUGCAACAGCUUAAUCCUUUAUCAGUUCGGCAGAUUUCUGAAGAUGGCCUUGUAGAAGUUCUGAGAGAGCUCCUUGAUGAUGAGACUAUUCUUGAAGCGCACCGUGUUGCAGCAAAACAAGCUUAUCAAGCUCUAUCUCACGGGAUCAUUGAGAACCUAUGGCAUGUACUAGCCAUCCACAUUUUUGAGAAAACAAGGUGGAAAAUACUGUUUUCUCUUGGAUAAACUUUAGUGCUCCAGCUUCCGGGGAGCGCGGGGCAUUCAGUGUUCCUGGUGCUGUAUUAUGUCAUUAGCAUAAUUAGUUAAUUUGUUACUGUACAUCGUGAAGCAGUGUAAUGUUUUCAUAGGUAGAAACCUCAAAAAAAAAACUAGGGAGAGGUCCCUAACCCUAGUUCUACAAUUACUACGUAUAACAAUUAUUAGAAAUUGUGUGACAUACAUACAUAUGUGUGAAUAAUACAAACGUAUGUGUGAAUAAUAGACAUAGUACUCCAUAUAUUCUAACCUUAUAUUUAUACAUAUACUAUUUACCAG